AUGUCUUCGUUGUCAGAGUCCGACUACCGCUGCAAACAAGGAGAUACAAUCUGUGAGAUCCGUGUCUACGAGCAGGAGGUGAUCGUGGUGCCCAUCUUCCUGCUGGCCAGCUUCCUGGUCACCCUGGUCUUCAUUUUGCUGAUGCGCUUCUGUCCGGAGAAGGUCGAGCGGCUUCGUCCACGGGCCUCAAAGUCGACCUCCAGGAGAGAACUGCACGGUAUCGAUGCUCCACCAGGUAUCAAUGUGCUGGAGCAUGAAAGCAUCGCUCUGGACAUGCCCAGUUCCUACUCCACCUUCACCCCCGCAACCACCUACUCCUCCAAGAGGCUCUCCGUGCCUGUGAGGACCCCCGCUCCCCCGCCCGACCCCCACCCACAGCCCUUCCAGCCCAAUUACGUUCCCAUCGUCCAGCCCAGGGAGCUGCCCCGCCAGAGGCUGCCUGAGUCCUUCAACCUGGUCACCCCUCUGCCCGUGGCCUUCAGCCUGCGCUCCGACUCCUCCGUGUCCCUCUACAGGGCCCGGAUGGAGAACAGGAAUGUGGUCCUGCGGGUGCUGAAUGACUCUGCGGAUGCUGCAGAGAGACACAACUUCCUGGGUUUUGCCUCCUUCCUGGCUCAGCUCGGGCCUCAUCCAUUCCUGCCGGAGCUGCUCGGUGUGGUGUCCCUGCGAGCUCCCCUGGUCACGGUGGUGGAGGAGCUGGAGAACAGAGACCUGCUCAGCCUCCUGUGGAGAUCCAGACAGGAACAUGUGGAUCCUCCGUGUGAAAUGACUGAGAGAAGAAUAUUUACCAUGGCCCAACAGGUGGCCUCAGCUCUGGAGUUCCUUCACAGCAAAGAUCUUCUCCACGGGAAUAUUCGUGCCCGCAACGUACUGGUCAGCAAGGACUACACGGCCAAGCUCUGGGGUCUUCGUGGGGUCCACACAAGGAAGGACCAGGGGGGCACUCAGAAGGAUGAUACCAGCAUGAAGAAAUGGCAAGCGCCAGAGCUGCUUGCCAAGAGGCCUGCCAGUCAGAGUAGUGACGUCUGGUCCUUUGGCCUCUUACUGUAUGAGAUGGCUACACUGGGUGAAGCUCCGUUUGCAGAAAUCCCAGUUAAUGAACUUCUACAGUUUCACCAAAGAGGGAAGAGUCUGAAAAAACCUUCCAACUCCUCCAACGCUUUGUACACCGUCAUUAAAGGUUGCUGUAAUUGGAAGGAUCAGGAUCGACCCUCCCUGGCUGACGUGAGCCGAAAGCUCACCUCAGGGGAGAAGAGCGCCUCCGACAAAGUCCUCAGGGCGUCUGGGACCAUUAACAUUGAGCAGUAUCUGAAGGAAGCGGGAUACGGGGAGAGCAACAGCUACACUGUUUUCUGA